CAACCAAUGACGGGUGGCCAGACUCGAUUCUGUCCUGAGCCUGAGUCAUACAAAAAGUUUAUCGUGACUUUUUUACUGUUAUUAUAUUUAAUUUUAUCAAGCUGAAAAAUGGCGAAAAAACCAGGAGCAGCCCAAGCUUUGCACAAGGUGAUAAUGGUUGGGAGUGGAGGUGUUGGUAAAUCGGCUCUGACACUACAAUUUAUGUACGAUGAGUUCGUAGAAGACUAUGAGCCAACGAAAGCUGAUUCAUACAGAAAAAAAGUAGUGCUAGACGGCGAAGAAGUACAAAUAGAUAUUUUAGAUACAGCUGGUCAAGAAGACUAUGCAGCAAUCAGGGAUAAUUAUUUUAGAAGUGGUGAGGGUUUCCUGUGUGUGUUUUCUAUCACGGAGGAUGACAGUUUUCAAGCUACUCAGGAGUUCAGAGAGCAAAUUCUGAGAGUUAAAAACGACGAGAACAUUCCUUUCUUAUUGGUCGGCAACAAAAGUGAUCUUCAGGAAAAAAGAAAAGUUAGUUUGGCUGAGGCUCAAGGAAGGUCUCAACAAUGGGGUGUUCCUUACGUGGAAACGAGCGCUAAAACUAGAGAAAAUGUUGACAAGGUGUUUUUUGACUUGAUGCGCGCAAUAGCAGCGCGCAAAGCCCAAGAAAAUAAAAUCGAGGGUGCCGAGCGUAAAAACAACAAACGAUGUUGUGUUAUUCUCUAACGAAAUGGAGGCAACUUUAUAGUUUGUUUAUGUUUAAAAACAAAAAAAUACAAAGUAGGUUUAAUAAUUAUUAUUAUAAUUAUUAUGAUUAUUAUUAUAUAAAUAUUAUUAUAGUGUAAUGUACGUCCAACUAAAUGCGUUUGUAUAACAUACCGGCGUUCUCAAACCCUUUACAGUGAUAAAGCCUUGAUACUAUUUUACAUCUAUGACUGUAUCUACAGUAUACUCGAGGGACCUACGACACGACUUGAUUCUGGAUCAAAUAAAUCUUUAAUACAUAUAAAUAUAUGUUAUAUUAUAAUAUAUACAGUCGCUUAUUGUUCUCUUACACGCCUUAUAAUACUACUCGUAUUUGUAUAUUUUUGUUUUUACUUUUACUUAUAUAUAUUAAUUAACAUCCAAUUGUAUUUUGUCUUUAAAUCACUUGGUUAAGAUUUUAAAUUAACACAGAGCACCGGUGCUUUGAUUAAUACGCGCAUAAACAAAUUUUUCAUUGUUAUUUUAUAAUAUAUUAAUUUUAAAUUUAUGUUACGGCAACUCAAUGACGUUUAAUAAAUAGCACAAAUGAUAAUUAACGUCAUUAAAUAUUUUCAUUACAACUUUUAGUGCUGAAAUUUAAAAAAACUAAAUUAUUUUUUAUUAUAAUAUACAUAUAUUGUAUUUAGAUAAUAAUUAUUAUUAUUUUGAGUAUUUAAUAAUUUACUUUUAUAUGAUAAUUGAAAAGACAGUAUAUUUAAUUAUUUUCGUUAAUAAAUCUUGUUAAUUAACAAGUUAUGUAAAUUAAUAUAAUUUAAAUAAUAAAUAAGUUAUAAAAAAACUAGACAUUUAUUUUACCUUUUUAAUUUCAGCACUUGACAUGUAAUGAAAAAAAAAUAAAAUGUCGAGAUUGUAAGCCUAUAAAUUAUUAUUGCUAUUUUUACACUCACUGCCACUUAAUUUUUAUGUUGCUUUGCUCUAUCAAUGAAUUAAUCAUUGAUUAAUGUUAAAGAUUAAAAUACUUAUCAGUUGAUAAUAAUUAAAUAUAAAUGAAUACUUAACUGCAGCCAUGACUGAUUAUUUUAACUGCAGUUAUUUUUUAAAAAUAACAUUAUUUCUGUGAUUAACUUUUCCGUAAAUGGACCGUUGAAUUUAAAUUUUUAAAUAUGAAUACUAAUAAUUAUUGUUAAUAAUAAAUAGAAGAUGCUCAUAAGAAUUGACUAUUGAAUAUUAAUUGAUGAAAUUUUUGGUUUUAUAUUUUUGUACUUUAGUAGUUAGUCGCGUCUUUUGAGUACUCUUGCAAAAAAAACUUAAUAAUCAAAUUAAUUGUAUAAUUUAAAUAAAAAAAAGUUUUUAUUGUCUAAUAAUUGGUGCAAAAUAAUAGUUCACUUUGUAUAGCUGGCUAGCAUUCUUCGGUAUUUAUAUUAAUAUAUAGAUACAUAUAUAAUAGAGGUGUGCGAAUUGUGUUCGAACCGAAUCGACUUACAAAUAAUUCAAAGUUCGAAUCAAUUUGAUACGAAUAAUUCGUAAAUUCAAACUAUUCCCACACUUCUUAUAUAUAUAUAUAUAUGUAUAUAUAUAAUUAUCCUACUCUUAUAAAACUUAACAAUAAAAAAUGUUUUAUGUAUAAAUGUAAACAUCAUGAAAUAAAAUAAUAAAAAAAAAUUUUUCUAACAAUU